GUCUCUCAAUGUCGCCAUGCCCAAAAGAAAGGCCGAAGGGGAUGCUAAAGGAGAUAAAGCCAAGGUGAAGGACGAGCCACAGAGAAGAUCUGCAAGGUUAUCUGCUAAACCUGCUCCUCCAAAGCCAGAGCCCAAGCCCAAAAAGGCUGCUGCAAAGAAGGGAGAAAAUGUCCCCAGGGGGAAGAAGGGAGAAACUGAUGCCAGUAAGGAUGCAAAUAAUCCUGCAGAAAAUGGAGACGCCAAAACAGACCAGGCACAGAAAGCUGAAGGUGCUGGAGAUGCCAAGUGAUGUGUUUGCAUUUUUGGUAACCGUGUACUUCUGGUGACUGUACAGUUUGAAAUACUA